GCUCUCCUUGUCUUUGUUUAUGCCGCUGCUUUUCUGGGACUUUUCCUGUCGUCGCUCCCUCCUGGACGCCCUCUCGUUAUUAGCUAUUUUGGCUGGUGCCAAAAUAUUGUGACCUCGACCACUAGUGCCACCCACGCUUAAGUGAGAACGACAUAGGCUUCUUCUGCUUCUUCCCCUUUGAGGGGCUUUCUUUCCUUUUUCUGUUUUUGCUCCUUCUCUUCGUUCCAGGUUGAUCCUCGGCAUUUUUUUCACCCUGGGACGUUGAACUUUGUCUUCAUUUCUCCCAGUUUCACUCGCUACAAUUGCUAUCAGUCUCGACAAGUGUUUUCCUUAUUCGAACGCUAUAGACGAACCUCGUGUGGUGCUCUUGGGAUACUGAGAGUGCGAGAGCAAAAAUAUUUGCCGCGGGGUUCGAACGAAAGAAACAGGACAGGAACAGUACUGGUCCACAGAAUAUCGAUGCACGGACGCGACACUUACGGAGAGUCCUGAUCAAGCCGAAGGACAACAGCAGGAAAUCGAGCAACAAUGAAGCUUCCGGCUAGGGCCGCCCUGACCUGGGCGCUUCUCGCCAGUGCGGUCUCGGCUGUGGAUGUCCUUGAGACGGUGGGCUUCAGCAGUUGCAACUCGAACCCCAGCGUCUCAGUGGAGAGGGUAGACAUCAAGUACAACAACGAUGACAAGACCGUCACGUUCGACCUGGCCGGGACCAGCAACAAGGAGCAGAAGGUGACCGCCGUCCUCAAAGUUACCGCGUACGGUCAGGACAUCUACUCCAGAUCUUUUGACCCUUGCGAGAAGAGCACAUUUGUGGAGCAGCUCUGUCCUGUCCCCGCUGGCAACUUCGCCGCUAGAGGCACUCAGAAAAUACCCGCAGAGUUUGCCGACAUGGUCCCGUCGAUCGCCUUUCAAAUUCCGGAUAUCGCAGCCAUGGCCACCCUGGAGCUCCAUUCCAAGGACUCGGGCGAAAGCGUCGCCUGCAUCCAGUCCCAAGUAACCAACGGCAAGACAGCCAGCGUCCCCGCGGUGUCGUACGUGGCAGUCGGCGUAGCCGGGGCCGCUCUCGUGCUGGGGGGGAUCUCGGCAGCAGGCGCGGUCUUCGGGGGAGGCGGGGCCGCUGCCGGUGGAGGCUCUGCGGCGGGCGGGACGAGCACCCCUAGUCCAACCUUCACCGAGGUGUUUAGCUGGUUUCAGGGCAUGGCCAUGAACGGCAUGCUGUCGGUCAACUACCCCAACGUCUACCGGAGCUUCACCAAGAACUUCGGCUUCUCGGUCGGCCUGGUCCCCUGGACAGACCUCCAGGUCUCAAUCGACAACUUCCGCGCGGCCACAGGGGGUAACCUGACGGAAAACAGCGUCGAGUUUUUAAGGAACGCCACGCUCGUCUAUCCCGACGGCUCGGCACAGACCACACAGCAGGGCCUGCUCAGGCGAGCGGCCGACCAGUUUGUGCAUCUCGCCGCCCGGCAGAUCGAAACAAGCAUCAAUGGGACGCUUGACGAGGCUGAUCCACAUGAGACUGCCGCUCAGCACACCGUCCGCGCUGCUGUGUCGGGUAUCCAGGGCUAUGUGCAGCAGCUCAGCAUUCCGUCAGGAAACACGUUCAUGACGAUUCUGCUCAUCGUGGCCAUCAUCAUCGCCGCCAUCGUCGUGGGCAUCCUGCUGGUCAAAGUCGUCCUCGAGUUCUGGGCCCUGUUUGGAAGCUUCCCCAAGUCGCUGGCGGGCUUCCGCAAGCACUAUUGGGGUUCUAUCGCGCGCGCCGUGACCUCCCUGAUCCUGCUACUGUAUGGCGUUUGGGUGCUAUACUGCGUCUUCCAGUUCACCCGGGGAGACUCGUGGGCGGCCAAGCUACUGGCUGGCGUCACCCUCUUCCUCUUCACCGCCGUGCUGGCCUUCUUUAGCUGGAAGAUUUGGAGCACGGCGCGCAGGCUCAAGAAGGUCGAGGGCGACGUUAGCUCCCUGUACGACGACAAGAAUAUCUGGGUCAAAUACAGCAUCUUCUACGAGUCAUAUCGGCGUGAUUACUGGUGGCUCUUCGUGCCCACCAUUAUCUACAUGUUUGCCAAGGGAGUCAUCAUCGCGGGGGCGGAUGGGCAUGGUAUGGUGCAGACGAGCGGGCAGCUCAUCAUCGAGGCGAUCAUGCUGAUCCUUCUCUUGUGGAGUCGCCCGUACGAGCGCCGCUCCAGCAACAUUAUCAACAUCGCCAUUCAGGUGGUGCGCGUCCUGUCGGUCGUCUGCAUCCUGGUGUUCGUCGAGCAGUUCGGCAUCGCACAGACGACAAAGACCGUUACCGGGGUCGUGCUCAUCGCCGUCCAGUCCGCCCUGACGGGCAUAUUGGCCAUCCUCAUCGCUUGCAAUGCCUUCAUCGCCUGCUUCAAGAUGAACCCGCACCGCAAGCGCCGCAAAGAGCUAGAAAAACUGCAACAGCGAGACACUCUCACCCCCCUCGACGCACGCAACUCCCUCCUGCUGAAAGGCAGCAAGACGGCUGGCUCGGACGACUCGUCAUCCAUCUCGUUGCCCAAUAAGCCAGGCUUCACCCCGCUUGUCUCGGUCAGAACGGACAAUAGUGCGGCUGAUGUCCCUGAAAAGUACGGCAACGGCACGAACAACAAGAGGACCAGCCGUUUUCAAGAAGUGAAUCCGAGCCGGGAGAAUCUGUUGACGGGGGCUGCUCCCCUUGGAGGCAACGCUGCUGCUCUUGACCUGCGGCAGCCGACGCUGCCUGACCUGGGUGGCGGAUAUGGUGGCCCCGGGUCUGGCGGACAAGGACAGGCGGGAGGGUACGACGGGUAUGGGAAUUAUAGGGGGGCGUAUAGGAGAUGGUGAGGAGAAAGAGGGUGAGUGGUGAGCGAAGGUGACUUUGGAAGAUAAUCGAAUAUAAGGUACAUAUACUUUUGCAUUACUGGGCGAAAGAAGGCUGUACCAAAAUUGCGCCCAUACCUUUUUUCUGUCUGUACUGUGUAAAUAGGAGUUGGUAUUAAGUAUGUACU